AUGGAGGUGCAAGGAGAGGGCAAGAGGAGAAGUUGGAGGAAAAAAGGAAGUGUAUCUUUGGAAAGAAAAGGGUGGAUGAGAUGGAGUGUUUAUGAAAAGAAGAAGGAAGAAGGAGUUAGGUUUACAAAAAAGAUAAAAGAAGUGAAAGAGAGUUAUAAAUUAGAGUUCAGCAUGAGGAGCACUUUUAUUUAUUGAAAAUUAUAAAAUUUGCGUAUAAUUAUUGAUUUUAGUAAAAUAAAAUUUGAAAGUAUUAAAUCAUCCUAAUAACGCAUAAGAUACAUAAUAAUUUUGAAAACAUCAUUUUUUAUCUAUAUUUUUAGCAUAAUUGUAUCUAUACAUUUCUUUUUUGUCUAG